AUGCUUCCAUCCGGUCACAAUCAACGACCUAUAUCAUCUGCGGGACCUUCACCCAUAUCUGCUGUCAACUAUGCGUAUAAUAAUCCGUUCACACCUUACCAUAUGACGGCAUUCCCACCACCACCACCACCUCCGGGGGCUUCUGAUAUGCCAACGGUGUUGAGCUAUAAUGACCGUCUGCCUACUACCACGCCACCAACAGUGUCGCCCCAACAAUAUCAACAGCAUUUUCCUCCGGCAUUGCAAUCACGAAUAAGUCCACAGACUCCUAGUCGCGGGUUGGACGCUGCUCCAGGCCCUUCCUCAUUAGGGUUCCGAGAACCCUACACUGAGCCGGGUGUUCGUCUACCCCCUAUCCUCCCUUCUCCGCCCACAUUUGCGGCUCAUACCUCGACACAUGCACAUCGAAGAAGCGAUUCAUAUCCUAAUAUAUUCACCUAUCAACCUAUGGGCACCAGUCCUCGACAACAGCAGCAUGAACCACCUUCGUCCUCCUCAUCGUCGCAACAAUUCACCCGCCCUCAGGAGUCUCCGCGCUCCAUGUUUGAGCUUCGAUCGCCAUAUCCCCCAGUUUCUGGACCUGCUGUCGGUUCACACGAGACAAGCUCACCACCAUAUAGCCAUCAGACUCAACAACGUCCACAUAGUAUGGUCAUUCCACCAACAUAUAAUGAACGACGACGAAAGAGCACGGCAGAGACCAAUGAAGAGAAUCCACAACCGGCGAAAAGACGACGGAUGGCAGUGGACGAUAUCGUGAAUGACUAG